AUGGUGGAUGUACAAUGUCUUGGCGUGUUAAAUCGGGUUGGUGAUGAGUAUAAUGUGGCUGUGGAAGAUUUUGCCGAUCGUCUCCAUCUAUACACUUCAGGCUUCUUUCUUGUGUCCGCGAUAGCCGUAUCCCUAAAACAAUAUGUGUUCAGUAGCAUGUCCUGUUACAUACCAGUCCAUCCGAAAGAAGGAGCAUUUGCAGAAUUUUUAUCCAACUACUGUUGGGUUCAUGGAACAAUACCACUUCGAUCGAGCGAAGAGAUGCCGAACACGGAAGAGGAGUGGGAUUUGUACGACAAAUAUCGACGAAUAAGCUUCUUUCUUGUGUCCGCGAUAGCCGUAUCCCUAAAACAAUAUGUGUUCAGUAGCAUGUCCUGUUACAUACCAGUCCAUCCGAAAGAAGGAGCAUUUGCAGAAUUUUUAUCCAACUACUGUUGGGUUCAUGGAACAAUACCACUUCGAUCGAGCGAAGAGAUGCCGAACACGGAAGAGGAGUGGGAUUUGUACGACAAAUAUCGACGAAUAAGUACUGUCAAACAGACUCCUUCAGAAAUCAAACCAGGAGUAUAG